CCUUGCACGCACUGCGGGCUCCAGCGCUGCGGGCUGGCCGGGCGCUGCGGGCUGGCCGGGGGCUCCGGGAACUCGGCUCGGGAACCUCGUCUGCGGUGGGCGGGGCCGGCCUGGAGCCCCGCCCCGGCUCAGUCCCUGAAACCCAGGCGCGGACCGGCUGCAGUCCCAGAAGGGAGCUGCUGUCUGCGGAGGAAACUGCAUCGACGGACGGCCGCCCAGCUACGGGAGGACCUGGGGUGGCACUGGGCGCCCGACGGACCAUCCCGGGACCCGCCUACCUCUCGGCGCCCUCCCCGCCGGGCCGCUCCUCGUCGGGUUCCCCAGCUACAGCCUUACCUACGGGCUCCUGACUCCGCACGGCUUCCAGAAGAUGCUCGAACCACCGGCCGGAGCCUCGGGGCAGCAGUGAGGGGGGCGUCCAGCCCCCAACUCAGCUCUUCUCCUCCUGUGCCAGGGGCUCCCCGGGGGAUGAGCAUGGUGGUUUUCCCUCAGAGCCCCCUGGCUCGGGACGUCUGAGAAGAUGCGGGCCAUGAGGCUGUUCCCUUGCUUCCUGCAGCUCCUGGCCGGGCUGGUGCUGCCUGCUGUGCCCUCCCAGUGGGCCUUGUCUGCUGGGAACGGUUCAUCAGAGGUGGAAGUGGUGCCCUUCCAGGAAGUGUGGGGCCGCAGCUACUGCCGGGCGCUGGAGAGGCUGGUGGACGUCGUGUCCGAGUACCCCAGCGAGGUGGAGCACAUAUUCAGCCCAUCCUGUGUCUCCCUGCUGCGCUGCACCGGCUGCUGCGGCGAUGAGAACCUGCACUGUGUGCCGGUGGAGACGGCCAAUGUCACCAUGCAGCUCCUAAAGAUCCGCUCUGGGGACCCGCCCUCCUACGUGGAGAUGACAUUCUCUCAGCACGUUCGCUGCGAGUGCCGGCCUCUGCGGGAGAAGAUGAAGCCGGAAAGGAGGAGACCCAAGGGCAGGGGGAAGAGGAGGAGAGAGAAGCAGAGACCCACAGACUGCCACCUGUGCGGCGAUCCUGUUCCCCGGAGGUAACCAGCCCCUUGGAGGAGAGAGACCCCGCACCCGGCUCGUGUAUUUAUUACCGUCACACUCAGUGACUCCUGCUGGUACCUGCCCUCUAUUUAUUAGCGAACUGUUUCCCUGCUGAAUGCCUCGCUCCCUCCAAGACGAGGGGCAGGGAAGGACAGGACCCUCAGGAAUUCAGUGCCUUCAACAACGUGAGAGAAAGAGAGAAGCCAGCCACAGACUCCUGGAAGCUUCCGCUUUGGAAGAAGCAAGACACGUGGCCUCAUGAGGGGCAAGCUAGGCCCCAGAGGCCCUGGAGGUCUCCAGGGGCCUGGAGAAGGAAAGAAGGGGGCCCUGCUACCUGUUCUUGGGCCUCAGGCUCUGCACACACAAGCAGCCCUCGCUUUCGGAGCUCCUGUCCAAAGUAGGGAUGAGGAUCCUGCUGGGGCCACCACGGCCUGGCUGGUGGGAAGGCUGGCAGCCGGCGGAGGGGAUCCAGCCACUUCCCCCACUUCUUCUGAAGAUCAGAACGUUCAGCUCUGGAGAACAGUGGUUGCCUGGGGGCUUUUGCCACUCCUUGUCCCCCGUGAUCUCCCCUCACACUUUGCCAUCUGCUUGUGCUGGGACAUUGUUAUUUCCAUCCAAGGUACCCCCACCCUGCCCCCUCUAAGAGACACACAGAGUGGGCCCCGGGCUGGACAAACAGCUGUCUGGAUGAGAAACAGCUCAGCCAGUGGGGAUGAGGUCACCAGGGGAGGAGCCUGUGUGUCCCAGCUGAAGGCAGUGGCAGGGGAGCAGGUUCCCCGAGGGCCCUGGCACCCCCACAAGCUGUCCCUGCAGGGCCAUCUGACUGCCAAGCCAGAUUCUCUUGAAUAAAGUAUUCUAGUGUGGAAACGCUGAUCUAGGGGGUGUGUCUGCCGGGGCAGUGAGCGUCAGCUGGAAAAGGAAGCCAGACAGACCCAGAGAUGGGGGUGUAACAGGAACAGCACAGCAUCUUCUCCGAGCCUCAGUUUCCUUAUCUCAAAGACCUCGCUCAGGCAACGAGAGGGCAUGUCACAGCUCACGACAACAUGUUAGCUUGCUCCUUCCUUCCUCCUUUUGACAGCUGAGGACACUUAGGCCCAAGAAGGUGAAAUGGCUGAUGGAGAGUCGAGAGCACUGAAGUGGGGGUCAGAGGCCUGGCUUUGUCUCUAACUCACCAAGUGGCACUGGGCUUCCCUCUGCCUUCACGUUUCAUCUCUGACCUGAGGGGCCUGGCUAGAUGGCUCUUCUGGCUUUGACACAUUUCUACUGGGGCCCAGGCUCAAGUCUCAGUGGCCCUGGGUGGUCACUGGAGACUGUUCCUAUGGAGGCCACUUCAAGGCUGCCCCGGAGGUCGCCCAGCCUGCUCCUACAGCACCCUGGGGUUGCUCCUCCCCUAACGAGGAGCUCCCAAGAUGUAGUUUUGGUUCCAAAGUUGAGGAGAGGCUGGUCCCAGCCACUUUUUAACAGCAUCAAGAGCACAAUCUCCUCCUUUCCCAGGGCUUAGGGCUGCCCCAGCCCUGUGCCGCAAGGACCCCCAAACUCCUCCGGCCCCCCCCGAGAGACUUCCUGGGCUGGGUCUCAAGGCACUGAAUGGCAGCACCUACAGCCUGCUCGGGCUGCCAGACAGAUGCAGGGACCAGCAGAUGCUGCCCGGAUUUAUCUGCCUUUUACCCCCUAGUUCCUUCUGUCUUCCUCCUCAGUGCUUUGGCAGGAAAAAAAUAAAUCUUUUUAUUUUA